CCGAUACAUACUACACUUUCUCUUUAUUCCUUUGCUUUUUUAUUUCUCCUCACCCCCUUCUAGUAUCUUCCUCUACCCCCUUGGCUCACCUCCCCCCUUGCCGGUUACCUCCCACGCAAAACCUGCACGACAUUGCCCCUUGUGCAGUGCCAUUGUAUAUCGGAGAAUUCGUGCUGAUCACGGUUAAUCUCGCGGAUCGUCAUGGAGAAACCCACGACUAUCGAUAACAUGCGCGAAGUUGAGAUUGAGAUUGACGGGGCGAGUAGCAGUCCUUCGCUCUCGCAAUCGCAGGAAAUGGCACCAGAUCGCGAAUUGAAGAAUGCUGAUCCGUCGGAUAUGAAGAAUCCGCAGAAUUGGAGUCGGACGCGCAAGACUUUGCUGUUUGUGUCGUUGAUGGGGAGUUCGUUAUUGGCUGAUGGAGCGAUGGUCUGGGGUGGCACACUCGUUACGCCGCAGGCAAUGGAAUGGGGUAUAAGUAUCACGCACUCGGCAACGAGUAUGAACUACGGCAUUCUGCUACAAGGUUUUGGUGGCAUGUUUGCAGUUCCACUAAUUGAAGCCUAUGGUCGAUUCCCCGUUUGGAUCUGGCCACAGGUUAUCACCAUGUUCAUGGUCCUGGGUGCGACCCUCUCCCACGACUGGUCUACCUUCACAGCCUUCCGCUCGCUACAGGGUCUCUUCGGCACAGUCCCGCAAGUCAUCGGUCUACCUAUCAUUCACGAUAUGUACAGCCCAGAAGAAUGGCCUCGCAUGAUCAAUAUCUGGGGCACGACAUUCAUGGUCGGCCCUUUCCUUGGUCCCGCACUCGCUGGUUAUAUCGGCGCAGGCACAAACUGGCGCGACUCCUUUGGCGUGCUUACAGCUAUCUACGGCUUAUCCACAUUAACGGUUCUCGUCUUUGGUGCUGAAACUUAUUAUAACCCCGGUAAAGCGCCUACUUCGCGCGUUGGUUCGUAUUUUGGCUUUGGAAAUACCAAGAUGCCUAAGGGCUCGACCUUGUGGCACUGGUGCAAGGUUAUGGUGCUCUAUGUGUUCAAGUUCCCGUUGUUGAUGACGGGUAUUGCUAUUUUGGUGACGUUUACUUGGCCGAUUGGAAUCACAACCACAAUCGACAGCUUCCUCCACAGCCCACCAUAUAACUUCGACACAAUCGAAGCAUCAUCCAUGCGUUUCGCCGGUGUUAUCGGUGCCCUCGGCGGCUGGCUCGUCGGCUUCAUCUUCAACGACUGGAUCUUCAAACGCCACCGCACAAACUGGCAGACCGAAUACCGUCUCCACGGCGUCUGGUUCCCCCUCGCCAGCAUGGUCUGCGGCCUGCUUACGUACGGUCUAACCAUGAACUUUGGCAAGCACUGGAUUGGUAUUGCCUUUGGUUGGAUUAUGGUUAAUAUCGGUAUGGUGGGGACUGUUGUCGCCGUAACAGCCUACGCCCUCGAAAAAUACCCCGACCAAUCCACCGUCGUCUCCGCCAUCCUAAACAUGUGGCGUACCUGCGGCGGUUUCGCAGUUGGAUAUUUCCAGCCUGCGUGGAUUGCUCGGAAUGGACUUGGGUUGGUAUUUGGUAUCCAGGCUAUUGUUGUGAGUGUGUCGGUUGUGUUGUGUAUUGUGCCGGUUUUGAUUAGGGAGAGGAGGAAGAGUGUUGCUGUUACUGCGGCUUAAGAUGGAGGAUUGUAGAUAGGAACGAGGGUCAUGUGGUGUUCUUUUGUAUAUGUUGACGAGCUGGGCUUUUGCUGGUUGGAGGCUUUGUGGAUCUUUUUUUCUUCUUUUUUUCUCAAGUGUAUUUUUUCGAGGCUGGACAUGUCGUAUAUAUUUUGAAUCGGAUUUAUUACUUUCUAUCAUACAAAA